AUUAGUUCUUGUGUUCUUUCUCUUGUGUUUCAGGUGCAUGCAAACAAGAAGCCACAAGCCUACUGAUUUGCGUAAUCUGCGAAACGGAGAAUUAGCACAGCUUGAACGAGAGAACCGAAAAGCAAAAGCCCGGUCAGACACUAUGGACGACACAAACAACGCUGAAAUUCGUCAACCUAACCCUCAAGAGGUUCUUGUUCCGCCUCCUCCUCCUGCACCACAAAUACAAGUUCCACAAGGGCAGAAUGCGGCUGAGCUGAACCCACCAGCUCAGCUCAGCUCAGGCAAAAGUGUUGAUUUUUUCUUGUGGAAUUGAUAGAUGCGUCUUCAUUAGGGUGAAUCUACCAUGGAGCAGCAGCAGUUUCUUCAAGUCACCUCUCGUCUCUCAGUGUCUAGGCUUAAUCACUUCCUCAAUCUCACAAAUGCUUGGUCUGUGAAUACCUUUCAUCAUGACAAUGGGGACAUCAUCGAACACCAUAUGCAGUGGGUACCUGGCUUGGUCUUACCAGUCAUUGGUGUUGCCGCUUUUGAGGAUGGUGUUGAGGGUGAUGGUGCAGCUUUUGAGGGUGAUGGUGCAGCUUUUGAGGAGGAUGGCGUAGGUAAUGAUGUUGAGGGUGAUGUUGAAGACCUUGGGGAAGUUGUGAACUCCCUACCUGCCCUACCUGAGAUCGAGAUUGUUGCUGUUGCUCCUCUCAACCUAAACGCUCCACUUAUGGCCUUGCAGAACCCACUAUUGGCUCCAGCUGUGAAUGAGGAUGCACCUCAUGGAUUUGAGGAUGGAGCAGCAGGGCAGAACGCUGUAGUGCAGAACGCUGAAGAUGGAGCAGAGAUUCUUGAGAGGCCACUUAAGCGAAGAAGAAGAAGCAUCUGAAGAGAUAAUGCAUUUGAAGCAUCUGAAGAAUUCAUCAGAAGCAUCUCGGUUUCUAGAAGAGAAGUAUAGAGGAGGUCACUUUCCUUUUAUUAGAGUCACUUAAACGAAGAAGAAGAAGCAUCUGAAGACAUAAUACAUCUGAAGCAUCUCUCGGUUUCUAGAAGAGAAGUAUAGAGGAGGCCACUUUCCUUUUAUUAGAGUCUCUAUUAACAAAGUGUAUUAAAAAAAAACAAUUAGGUGUAUAGAAUAUUCUUUGUGACUUGUUCGGUCAUAUCAAACAACAACAUGCCUUUUUUGCUGGGAAAGUGGGGAAGUGACCAUGUGUCCCACCACUAAGUAGAUGCAACAGAA